AUGAAUGACAAUGUAUCUCUGUAUCUCUCAGAUGAUUCAAGAGGAGUUAAUAAUUCAUCCAAGGCUUUGGGUAGCAUGUGGAAUUGUCAGUUCUUGAGGAAAUUUCAAGAUUUAAUUGCCUUUGUGAUUCUUGAUCCAUUUGCGGACCUCUUUGUGAUGUUCAUCAUUGUUACGAAUACACUUUUUAUGGCAAUUGACCAUCACAACAAGAGUAAACAUUUAGAGGACAUCUUAAAAUAUGGAAAUUAUGUUUUUUUGUCCAUAUUUGUUUUGGAAGCAUUUUUAAAGAUUGUCGCGCUUGGUCCCCUUAAAUACAUUACAAAUCGCUGGAACUGUUUUGAUUUUAUUGUGGUAAUCUGCAGCUUCCUAGAGUAUGUUUUUGAAGAUAUUAGUGGAUUCAGCAUUCUGCGGUCGUUCCGCUUGUUGCGCAUCUUUAAACUUGCGAAAUCCUGGCACACUUUCAACAAACUGCUUCGAAUCAUGUCAAACACAAUGAAUUCAUUGUGUUAUUUACUAUUUGUUCAGAUGAUUGUUGUUUUUACUUUCUCUGUAAUGGGUUUUCAUCUGUUUCGAGAUGACUACAUCUCGUAUUACACUGACGGAAUGCCGAGAUGGAACUUCACGGACUUUUUCCACUCUUUUUUGGUGGUUUUCCGCGUAUUAUGUGGAGAGUGGAUAGAGUCAAUGUGGCUGUGUUGGUCUUCAGCGGGACCUUUCUGUCUUCUAUUCUUCAUAUCCACCUAUCUCAUAGGAAAUCUCGUGGUUCUGAAUCUUUUCCUGGCAAUGUUGUUGAAUGCAUUUGAUUCAGAGAGUUUAACAAUGAGUGAGAAAGAUGACAGAGAAAAUACGGAUUUUGAUAUACGUGUAAUAAUCGACAGAUUUAGGAGGCUUUUAAAUUGGAGUAGAAUGAAAUUUUUGUGGAAGGUUUGCGGAGAACGAAAAAGUAAAGACAUUGAUCAGAAUGAAAUUGAAUUGCAGCAAUGUCAGCUGAAGGGAGUUAAUAAUGAAAUAAACCAAAAUAGAACCCAUUCUGAAAAUAUGGAAAUAGAAACCUUGACCAAACCUUCGAAUACAGCAAUGGCAGAUUGUGAGAAUGCUAUUAGAUUUUCAAAGGCACUAGAAGAUAUUCACUUGAAAAAAAGACCGCUUCUGGCAAGGAUUCUUAAACUUUUGGAUAUAUUUUAUACUGUUAUUUUUGGCGUUGAAAUGCUUAUGAAAUGGACGGCAUUUGGGUUUAAGAAGUAUUUCAAGAAUGCCUGGUGCUGGAUAGAUUUCAUCAUUGUCAUUGUUUCCAUUGCUGUUUUAUGCUUGGAAAGAUUUGGACUUGGUAGCUUUAAUGCAUUUCGAGCACUUAGAAGUUUGAGAGUUCUCCGCCCUUUGAGUGCCAUUUCAAGAUUUGCAAGCAUGAGGGUCGUUGUAAUUACACUACUGAAGUCUAUCCCUUCAAUAGCCAAUGUGUUGACUGUUUGUCUUCUUAUGUGGAUAAUAUUUGGAAUUCUCGGGGUUCAGCUUUUCUCUGGCAAAUUUUUCAAAUGCGUGGAUUCUGAUGGAAACAAACUCUCCUCUACUAUAACAGCGAAUAAGACAGAAUGCCUUUCCAAGAACUACACAUGGGAGAAUUCCAGGAUUAAUUUUGACGAUGUUCCACAAUCAUUGCUUGCAUUAUUACAAGUGGCUACUUAUAAAGGUUGGAUUGAGGUAAUGAACGAUGCAAUAGACAGUAAAGAGAUUGAUGAACAGCCAGAGAGAGAAGCCAAUGUUUAUAUGUACCUUUAUUUUGUUGCCUUUAUUGUGCUAUGCUCCUUUGUUACACUUAACCUCUUCGUGGGUGUCAUCAUCGACAACUUCACCCGCAAAAAGAAAAAGGCUGAGGGAUAUUCAGAAAAAUUUUUGACAGAGAGUCAGAAAAAACGCUAUGAAACCAUAAAGAAAUUAAAGACAAAGGCUCCAGACAAGAACGUCAGUCCACCGAAUCACACAGGUGGUAUUGACGAUGUUUUCAAUUUUGAGACAUUCUUCCAAAGCGUCAUAACGUUGUUUCAAAUGUGUACAUCUGCUGGAUGGGACGGAGUUUUAGCGGGAAUUACAAAUGAAGAGGAUUGUGAGAAGGAUCUAGGUCCAGAUCACGUAAAUAACUGUGGAAACUAUAAAGUGGGAGUGAUAUAUUUAGUGUCUUACCUAGUGGUAACUUUUCUUGUACUUAUCAAUAUGUAUAUUGCAGUCAUUUUGGAAAAUUUCUCCCAAGCUAAAGAGAGUUUGGAGCAUGAGAGCAAUAAACAGGACGAUGAUGCAAUUCCUUCCGAUUGUUAA